AUGAUCGAGAGGCGCGACAGAUUCAAACAAAAAAUAGACGGAUAUCUCAACGAGGUUCCGGAGUUUACAAAGAUGCCGCCUGUGUUAAACCAAGUCGACAUACCCACUCUUCCUCUCCUAUACCGCAUCAAACGUAUCUCGGUCAAUGAGAAAGCCCUAGCGGCCCCUUCUGCAACCCUCAAUGCUAAAAUUGGCUUGAUUCGAACUGAUAUCACCAAGCUCCACCUCCCAAAUGGUGCAAUUGUCAACGCUGCCAAUGAAAAUCUUACUCCCGGAGGGGGCGUUUGCGGAGCAAUCCAUUCUGCAGCUGGCCCAGAGCUCGCAGAGGAAUGCCGCCGUCUUAAUGGCUGCAAGACCGGUUAUGCAAAGGCAACUAGAGCUUAUAGGUUACCUUGCAAGAAAAUCAUUCAUGCUGUCGGGCCUAUAUACUGGCUAGCAAAAGAAAUGAAUGAGCAUGAAACAAAGCUGUCUAGUUGCUAUACAGAGACCCUGAAAUUGGCUGUUGGCAAUGGCUUAACUGCUGUCGCUUUCUGCGCUUUAUCAACAGGAAUCUAUGGCUAUCCUUCAUACGAGGCUGCGGGCACGGCUAUUUCGGCUGUAAGGAGCUUUCUUGAAUCUGAGGAUGGUCAAAAGCUAGAGCUCGUCAUCUUUUGUAAUUUUGAGAAAAAAGAUGAAGAUGCUUACUCGGAGCUUAUCUCAAUCUACUUCCCACCUGCGGGACCAGAAAAGAAAGGUGAGGUUGAGAAGACAGGAACCGUUGGUGUCACCAAAGAUUCCGAGGCAAAGCUUAUCGAGACGAAUAUAAAACUGAGGAUAAAAUCUAACCGCGAAUGA